AUGAGGGGGAGACAGGGACGCGGGGGACAGGAAGAGGGGGACAGAGCUUCUACACCGGGCGACCAGGUCCAGGAGGGGGAGACAGGCGGGAGUGGCGCACGAGAGCAGGCCAGGCGCGCCCCAGGGCUCACGAGAGCUUCCUGGGGUUUGUGAACAAUAUCCUCCCGGGUGCCUGCUCCCCUGUUCUCUGGCCCCAGCACUAGCCCUUGGGUCACCCCAGCCUAGAAAAGCGAGGACCAGGCGGUGGGAAGACCUGAACUCAAGGAGGCAGAGCACAUCCAGGGUGGAAGGGCCACAGCCCACCUGGGCAGCGCACCUGGCCCUUUCCUGGAGACAGCACCUCACCAGGGGUCACUUCCCUCCUUUUAGGGCUAAGUACCAGGACUGGAAGGAUGGGGACCCGUCGGGAGACUGAGGUAGGGAGGAGGAGAGAGACAGGUGGUGGGGCUCUUGCCUUCCCCUCCCCACCUGCAUCACACUCCAACCAAGUGGCCGUAAAAAACUGGCAGAGGAUCAGCGGGGUCGGCAUCCCAGCCUCUUUGCGCCACCUGGUGGUGAUGAGGAAGAAAGACAAAGCAAGUGGCCGUGAUGAGAAGGGAAGGCAGUUGCUGCUCCCCACCCCUGGAUGAGUCCGUGUUUGGCCAGCUAAUCAUCCCCAUUUCCACUUCUCCCCGUAGUCUUCUGCUCCUCCCCCUCGGAGCAGGGUUUCCCCUCGAGUGCUGGCGUGGGCCUGAGUCACCCUCCCAAGCAGCAAACUCUGAGAGCUGUAGAGGAACUAGAGUCACAAGUGGCAGGCUCAGGCUGCAGCGCCCGCUCUCCGUGCCUCCACCAGCCAGGCCUUCCCAGGCUGAUUCUUCCUUCGUGUAAGGAGAGGAUCAAACAGCCGAACCCAGAGGCUCCUUCCGGGGUGAACUUCCAGAGCCACAGGAAUCAUAUCAUUUUCAAAUAUUCAUGGCAGAAGAGGGGGCUGCCCUUAAGGUCACCAGGGACCUGAAAGCUGCUGUCUCUGCCAUCCUCCAGGGCUACGGGGGUGGGCAUCGGGUGACAGACGCCAGCGCUGAGCUGCAUGGACUCUGUGGCUGCCUGGAGCGGCUGCUGCAGUUUGACCAGAAACAGCAGAAGAGCUUCCUGAGACCUCAGAAGGAUUACUGGGAUUUUCUCUGCACUGCCCUAAGGCAGCAGCGGGGGAACACAGAGCUGGCCCUCUUUGUUCACUCACAGGACAAGUUGAAGACCCCUCUGGGAAAAGGCCGUGCCUUCAUCCGCUUCUGCCUUGCCCACGGACAGCUGGCCGAGUGCCUGCAGCUCUGCCUCCUGAACCCAGAGCUCACCAGGGAGUGGUAUGGCCCCCGGAGCCCUCUGCUGUGCCCUGAACUCCAGGAGGACAUCCUGGACUCCCUCUAUGCUCUCAACGGGGUGGCCUUCGACUUGGAUCUGCAGAGGUCGGACCUGGAUGGGGCCUGGCCCAUGUUCUCAGAGUCCCGCUGCUCUAAUUCCAGCCGGACCCAGGGAAGACCCAGAAAAACCAAAGACUCCCCAAAGGAGAUCUCAGCUGUAAAUGGAGGCCCCAAAGGAGUCCAGCCAGAGGAGGCACACACCAGCCAAGCCAGCUGUCUGCAAGAUGCACCAGGGGAAGACCGGUUGGCUGGACUCCCUAUGUCCCAGCAACAUAGGCAUCUUUCUCCCUUUUUGGAAAAUAAGAAAGAAGAUCCCAGGAGCCUCAGGGCCCUCCACAGCAUGUGGAAACCAGAGGGGGAGGGGCUACAGCAAGACCAGGAGAUGGGAGCCCCACGGACAGAGAUCUGCCAGGAACUCUCAACACCCAGCAUCCAGGGGCCGAGGGAGAGGGCCAAUCAGGCUCUGAAGGAGGUGGUAGGGAUAGAGGGUGAGGGCCGAGGGGUCCUGCUGAGUACAGAGGGUCAAAGAACAGAGGGGACUCAUGAAAGAGAAGCAGAGUGGGGUCACAACCAGGGGCUGUUGGUCUCUAGCCCCAGAGGGAUGAAUGAGGGCUCCAUGUCACCAAACCGGCAGAAGAACAAGGAGCCUAGCAUUCUCGGGGAGCCCAGCGUCCUUCAGGGCCUGGGAACAAAGGAAGGCUCCACCACAGAGAAGCCACAAGAGCAAACAGGAGUGACCAGUGUGACCAGGAAGGAGGAGCAAGCAGAGGUGGCCUUGCAGGAUGUGGUCAAGACCCUCAGACAUAGGCUGCAGAAGACCAAGGAGCAAGCCUGGCACCAGGAGCAGCUGCUGAAGGAGCAGGAGAAGGAGCUGAAGGCACUGCAGGAGCAGCUCAGCAGGUGUCAGGAAGAGCGGGCCGGGCUGCAGGCAGCGCUGGAGCAGAGGCAGCAGGAGGCUGAAAGGAGGGAUGCCAUGUAUGAGGAGGAGCUUGCAGGGCAGCGGGACCUGAUCCAUGCCAUGAAGAGGCGGGUGCUGGAACUGAUUCAAGAGAAGGACAACCUGUGGCAGAAGGUGCAGCAACUCUCUUCCGUGGCCCCUGGAUGCUGUGUCAGCUGUAGCAAGCUCUUUGGCCGGCUGUCUCGGCGGUAUCCAUGCAGGCUAUGUGGAGGCCUGGUUUGCCAUGCCUGCUCUCUGGAUUAUAAGAAGCAAGAGCGCCGCUGCCCACCCUGUGCCCAGAAAGGAGAAGCCCAGGUUGUCUAACCAAGACCCACUCAGGACUGGCCAUCCAUUCCACCCACCCCUCAGCACUUUCAGGACCUAUGAUCUGACCAAUACUACCUUCCAGAACUUGGUGAUUUAGGCAGACGGCACUUGAGGAGCCAGACUGUGGUGUGGAGAGUGGAAAAGGCCAGGCUGGCAGUCAGGAGACGGCUCAAGCCCUGCAUCUCCCACUGAUGAGCAGGGCGACUCAGCUCUGCAAGCUCUUCUGUAACGUGAGGAAGUCGGGCGUCAUCCACUCUAAAGUCCCUUUGGCUUCAGAUAAUCCUUGACUAAGAAUAAGACCCAAUGGCCUUGACUUUCUCCUCCACACUCCCUGCUCACCCAGACUGCCCUUCACCACACUGCACUGUCUCCGGUCCUCAGGAGCUUCCUGUCUGGAGUCUGCUUCGGGCUCUGUUUUUGUCCCACUUUGUUUUUAACAUCUUUCCUGAGGCACUACUAACAUACAACACAAUUCACAUAAAUUGUACAAUUUGAUGAGUUUUUACUUUAAUUUAUACCCAUGAAGUCACCACCAUAUUCAAAAUAAUGAAUACAUCCAUUAGUGCCAAAGUUUUCUCCUGCCCUUUGGAAUCUCUCCAUCCCCCUCCCUUUGCCCCACCCCUAAAUAACUACUUACCUGCCUUCACUAAAGACAAGUUUGCAUUUCCUAGAAUUUUAUAUAAAUGGAAUCAUAUGGUCUGCCUUCUUUCACUCAGCAUAAUUAUUUUAAUAUUCAUUCACAUUGUUGUUCAUACCCACAGUUCCUUUAUUUACUGUUGAGUAGUAUUCCACUGCCUGGAUAUAGCACCAUCUGUUCACACAUUUACCUGUUGCCAGACAUUUGGGUUGUUUCUAAUUUGAAGCUAUUACAGAUCAGCUUCCUAUAAUCAUCGAAUCUUUGUGUAGACAUAUGCCUGUAUUUCUCAUGGGUUAAUACCUAAGAAUGAAAUGGUCAGGUCAUAUGGCAGGUAUAUGUUUAAGAAACUGCUGAGUUAUUUCCCAUAAAGAUUAUAUGUUGUACCAUCCCACCAGCAGGGUGUGGGCGUCCCAGCUGCUCCCCAGGGCAUUUGGUUUGGGGGGCAGGAGAAGAGACAUAGACAUGGAACUUGGGCCUCUCUGUUCUUCCCUUCCAACCACUGUGGUGAAGUAAACAGUCCCAAGUUGUGAGGCUAGAGGGAGGGGCUAAGUCUAGGUGACUCUGCAGUGCUCACUCACUAGAUUUUAAUAAAGACAGUUAAGGAUUCGUGUAGCUCUGUGGUACAAGUUAUAUCCUCUGACUGUCCAAGAAGUCUUACACAACUCGUUUCAUUCACUGGGCACCCAUUUGUGGUGUUUCCGAAAAUACUGUUUCUGAAGAAGCAUGGACCCCACUCUGUAACAGGGCAGACUCUCUUGCCCCGAGCAGGCAUGCAGGCUGUCCCCUGCCUCACAGGACUGCCACAGCCUCUGCAGCAGUUGGGCAACUCUGUGGCUCUGACCAGAGCCUGUGGACCGCCUCUUGGGGUCAGGGCCACCUAGAGUUGCAUCCCAUUACCAUCUUGUGGAGCAACAGUUUUGCAACAGCAGUUCCUGCCCUGGAGAGCUGAUGAGAACUUCUCCUUAGCAGGGUCA